AUCUAUCCCAUAAUCCAAUACUGAGUGGCACAAAUUUCGAGUAGAAUUAUUUAAAGUGAGUUGGCGGAAAGCAGUCUAGUGACCUAGUCAUUCAACUCUGCUUCUAGUCAGUCUACUAGAUCUAGUCUAGAUCAAGACACAAAACUAGAGCUAGAGUAGUCUCUAAUGAGAGUCUGGACGAACAGUGACUGAGUGAACAUCGAGCCAGCUCCACAAACAUCACCUGUGUACUGUGUAGUCAACUCAUGUGUAGUGUGUUGGUGUUGAAAACCUGAAAAUCUGGAUUUAACAUUGUUACAGAGAAAUUUCAGUCAAGGAUAUAGCCAUGGAAGCUCCAGAUGCACCUAAGCCUCAUUACAGAACUCUGGAAGAUGAGAGGCUUACAGCAGAUGAAAUGGAUGAGCAAAGGAAGAGGAAUAUUGCUUAUGAAUAUCUGUGUCAUCUAGAGGAAGCCAAAAUAUGGAUUGAAGCUUGUGUGAAUGAGGAGCUGCCUCCCACCACAGAGCUGGAAGAGGGACUCAGGAAUGGGGUGUUUCUUGCUAAGUUGGCUCAUUUCUUCGCACCUAAUGCAGCCCCACUUAAGAAGAUUUAUGACAAAGAGCAGUCAAGAUACCAUAGCCGCGGUCUUCAUUUCCGUCAUACAGAUAACAUCAACCAUUGGCUACGUGCGAUGGAAGAAAUUGGUCUGCCAUCAAUAUUUUAUCCAGAAACAACAGAUAUUUAUGAUAGAAAGAAUAUGCCCCGGGCUGUCUACUGUGUUCAUGCCCUGAGUCUGUUUCUCUUUAAGUUGGGUCUGGCACCACAAAUUCAAGACUUGUAUGGAAAAAUAAAGUUUACAGAAGAAGAAAUCAGUGCAAUGAGACGAGAGUUAGAGAAAUAUGGCAUCCAGAUGCCAGCAUUUAGCAAAAUUGGAGGCAUUCUUGCCAAUGAACUGACAGUAGAUGAUGCAGCAUUGCAUGCAGCUAUUAUAGCCAUCAAUGAAGCCGUAGACCAGCAAGUGGCAUCAGACACAUUUACUGCACUAAACAACCCGUCGGCCAUGUUGGUGAACCUUGACCCAGGCAGCCAGCAGCAAUAUCAGCUCGCACUGUUUGAAGCCAAGGCUGUCAAAGCUGAAAAUGCUCGGAACAAGAGCAUUGACCCAGAAAGCACCUAUGAAGUUGAUGUCUAUGAUGAGUUACUUACUCAGGCAGAAAUUCAAGGCAAUAUAAGUAAAGUCAACACCCAGCAAGCCUUAAGUCAACUUCUUGAAGCUUUGACCAGUGGAGACAGGGCUGCUGUUUUAGCUGCCUUACAAUUGCCUGCUCUUGGUUUAAAGAACAUCAAGCCUGAAAACAUAGAUUUUUAUUUAGAGAAGUUGGCACGGCUUCAUCAGGACAAGCUGCAGGAUGCUGAGUCAGAUGGAGCCCUAGGCAAAGAUGAAAUUCAGAUGGCUGUGAAUGAAGCCAAUUUAGAAGCUGAUGUUGAAUAUCAAAAAAAUCAGAUGGUUAUGCUGGUGAAUCAAGCCCUUUCCAACAAAGAUGCUGUCUUGUUAAUGAAAGCUUUACAGAACCCAAGCUUGAAGCUGACCAGUGUUGACACAGGGUGUGCACCUCUGUACCUCCAGGAACUCAGCAACAUGAAAGAUGAGAAGGGAGAUGAUCUAGAGUUUGAAGAAAUUGAUCCUGCGUUAUUAGUGAUUGCUGCUGUCCUGGCUAUCAACAAAUCUGUGGAGGCUGGUGGGUCCCAGGCCACACUGAAUGCCCUGUCCAAUCCUGCUGCCCACAUCACAGACCUGGAUGAAUCCAAUGCUGACAAGUAUCAAACAGUGCUGGCUGCUGAGAAAUCCAGCAAGAUGGAUUCUGUGAACCCACUGCUGACCCAUGCUGAAAUAGUUGGCUGUAUCAACAGUGUCCACCUCCAGGUGCACCAGGAACAUGAGAGGAUCCAAGCAAUAACUCUGAUCAAUGAAGCCAUCAAUAAAGGAGAUGAGAAUGCGACAGUGGAGGCCCUGCAGCUACCUGCGGCUAAACUAAGAGACAUCCAAUCUCCACAAGCCUUCCAUUACCAGGUCCUGUUAGCCCGACACAAGGACAGGAAAGCUGAGGAAAGUAAAGAUGAUGCAGCAGUUCUGUGGUUAGAGGAGAUCCAAGCCUGUGUAGACAAGGCCAAUUCAAAUACAUUGGAGGGUUUAAAGUUGUCCCUAGGAGUGUCAUCAGUGAACAAAGCUCUCCAGGACUGUGAUGAAAGUGGUUUGUUGUCAGCCCUGACCUUACCUGAGCUCAGUGUCCACUCCCUCACUGUGGACUGUAUAGACACCUACCACAAGGCUCUUGCUGGGGCUGUGGAGCACUCCUCUCAGCAAGGUGAGACAGGAAGUGGCUGGAUGAUGAACCGGCUGAGAGAUGGCACAAAGUUUUUCUACAAUGUCCACACUGGUGAGCACGCCUGGACCAGGGGAGAUACAAUUGUCAAGGACUACUCACUCUUAACAAGAGAGGAAAUACAGCGUGUUGUAUCUGAGGUGACAGCUAAAUAUGACAGACAGAUGCUCUUUCAAUCAAACGAAGCAUUGAUUACAAAAAUCCAGGCUAACAUGAGAGGUCAUAUGGCACGCAAGGCUUACAAGGAGCGGGUGAACUUCAUGAAGAAACAGCUGCCUGCUAUUGUUAAAAUUCAGGCAUUCUGGCGAGCAUCUAAACAGCGUCAUAAAUAUAGAGAUCGUAUCAAUUUCUUUAAAGAUAACGCAGACUCGGUCACAUUGUUGCAGUCCUACUAUAGAAUGUGGCGUGACAGGUCAGCAUACAGAAAAAGAUUACAAUACUUCAAAGAUAAUGAGGAUGCUAUAGUAAAAAUUCAAGCAUUUUUCCGUUCCAAUCUAGCAAGACAAGAUUAUAAAGCUUUAACUACAGACAAGAACCCAUCUCUGGCUGUUGUCAGAAAGUUUGUUCACCUACUUGAUGCUAGUGACAAUGAUUAUGCUGAGGAGCUAGAACUUCAGAAACUUCGUCAACAAGUGGUCGCAGAGAUCCGGUCAAAUCAGCAGCUGGAACAAGAUUUAGACCAGAUGGACAUCAAAAUUGGUCUGUUGAUAAAGAACAGAAUCACUUUACAAGAUGUUGUGACACACAACAAGAAGUUGACCAGACGAAGUGAAGAGAGUGCUCGUGGUGGGGGCCUGAAAGCUUUAAGUAAGGAGAACCACGAGCGACUGGAAACCUAUCAACACCUUUUCUACCUGCUGCAAACCUCCCCGAAUUACCUGGCCAAGCUGAUCUUUGAGAUGCCACACAUUCGCACCACCAAGUUCAUGGAGGCGGUCAUUUACUCACUCUUUAACUAUGGAGCCAACCAACGUGAGGAAUAUCUGCUGACCAAGCUCUUUCAGAAAGCUCUUGAGGAGGAGAUCAACUCUAAAGUGGACAAAAUGACUGACAUAGUAACAGGAAAUCCUUUGGUUGUCAAAAUGAUUGUUGGUUUUAACAGAAACCAGCGUGGUCAGAAUGCCUUAAAGGAAAUGUUGAACCCAUUGAUCACGCGUGUGAUUGAGGACAGGAACCUGCGAAUCAACACAAACCCUGUGGAGGUCUACAAAGCCUGGAUCAACCAGACAGAGUCCAGUACUGGAAAAACUAGUGAGCUCCCUUAUGAUGUUUCUACAGAGCAAGCCUUGCUGCAUGAGGAAGUGAAAGUCCAAAUAGAGGAAACAAUUAAACGCUUGCAGGAUGUAACUGAUCUGUUCCUCAAUAAAAUUCUUUCUUCCUUAGAUAGCAUUCCAUAUGGCAUGAGAUACAUGGCUAAAGUAAUGAAGGAGUGUUACAUGGCUAAAGUAAUGAAGGAGUGUUUAGAGAAAAAGUUUCCAGAUGCUCAGGAAAAAGAUAUUUUGAAGAUAGUUGGCAACCUGCUCUACUACAGAUACAUCAACUCCGCUAUUGUUGCCCCAGAUGCAUUUGACAUUGUGAAUGUUGGAGCUGAGAAAGCUCUAACCAAUGACCAGAGACGAAAUCUCGGUUCCAUCGCCAAGAUUCUCCAGUUUGCUGCUUCCAAUAAAGGGUUUGGUGGUGAAAGCUCUUACCUUGCCAGCAUGAAUGACUACAUCAGAAAUGCGCAUGAGAAGUUCAAGAAGUAUUGCCUUGCAGCUUGUGAUGUAGAGGAACCUGAGGUGAGGUUCAAUGUAGACCAGUACAGUGAUGUUACCAUGAUUGCCAAACCUGUGGUCUACAUUUCUGUGGGGGAGAUAGUUGAUACACAUCAAUUGUUACUUGAGCACCAAGACACCAUCGCCCCAGAACCCUCAGAUCCUUUGCAUGAGUUAUUAGAGGACCUUGGAGAAGCACCGACCAUUGAUGAACUGCUGGGAACAGCUCUAACCAAAGAUGAAGCCACCAAUGAUGCCCUCAGGUCUCAGAUGGCCAAAACAGAAAUUUCCUUAACAUUGUCUAACAAGUUUGACAUCCAGACUGACGACAAAGCUGAUAUGAAGACCCUUCUCAUCAGAACCAAGCGUAUGAUAGUGGAUGUCAUAGCCUGUCAACCAGGGGACAACCUGGUCAUUGUAUUGGAUGCGCCGUGCAACCAGCAGCAGGAAGAACUGCAUCAGGCUCUAGUGAAGAAACGAGAUCUCAUUGAUAAAAAAGUUUCUCAGUCCCAGGCAGAGGGCAAAAAGUUAAUGCGCCAUGCAUCCAUCCUUGGUGACACCAGAUUGCCAAUGGAGGUUAUGAAAACAAAAGUUAAGGCCAAUCUUCAAACUUUAGAGCUGGCUGGCAUGGUCAGUAAACAGAAUAAAUACCAAGACCUUCUCAAUGCCAUAGUACAGGAUAUACGCAAUCAAAGACGCUAUCGUAAUAACCGCAAACAAGAGUUAAUGAGACUCCGGUCAACCAUCAAAAGUUUAAGUGAUAAGCGCACAUUCUAUGAGUCGCAAAUAGAUUACUACAACCAGUACGUCAAGACUUGCAUGGAUAAUCUACAGAGUAAAACCAAAAAAAAUAGAAAAUCUGGUCUCUUUCGCCGUGGGGAUCAGAAAAACAAAGGUUCUAUCACUUAUACAGGAGCUCGCUUGCAUGAAAAGGGUGUAGUGUUAGAGAUUGAAGGAUUGCCCCAGGCACAGUUAAAGAAUGUCAUGUUUGAGAUCAGUUCAACAGAGGAUCCGGGUGUUUUUGAUGUCAAUGCUAAGUUUAUGGGAGUCAGCAUGGAUAAAGUAGAACUCAUUUUUCAAGAUCUCCUCAAGCUUCAGUAUGAGGGUGUAGCUGUCAUGAAAAUGUUUAACAAAGCAAGAAUCAAUGUUAAUCUCCUCAUUUUUCUCCUGAAUCGUAAAUUUUACGGCAGGCAGCUUCUUAAGUAGAAAUAAUAACUUCUCUAUUCACUUAUACAAAAAACUUGUCUUAUUUUCUUACAAAGUUUGUGUUCAUGUUUGUUUGCUUUUUUUUUUUUAAUCUUAAUUGUAGUGCCAAUUUAUCUGGCAAUAUGUUUAGGCAAGAAUUUGGAUGUUAAAGUUGUUUUGCUGAAUCAUUUAAGUGAUUUUUUGUUUUUAAACUGCUGCUCGUGCCAUUUGUUUCUUGCAUUGUACAUAAUUUUGUAUUCAUUCCAUUGGUUGAGAUCUUGCAAAAGUUUUAUUACAGCCUCGGGUAUAUUUUUAGCUAGAUUUUCUUAGUUAUUUUAAAACUUGGUUGGUUAACAUUUUUAUGAAGAUUUUAUGAAAAAAUUUUUUACACAAUGGGUCACAACCUACAAUGACAAUGAGGGUCACAUGCUUAACCUUGACAGUGUGGGUCACAUUUAGAUUCUCACCCUAAACUAGCAUAAAAUGGUUACCAUGAUGUCUCAUCUAUUUGUCUCAACCAUCUGUGUUUAGUGUCUACACUACAUUUAAAAUGAAGUGUACACAAACUUGUUUUACCAGUUUUAAAAAUUAAUUGGAUCAGCCAAAAAGAAUGGACUACAACUGUCUGUGUAUGCAUGCUCUUGCCAUGUUUGAAGCUGCCAUUUGUUAUGUUAUAUGAUCAGACAUUUUGUUUUUCUGCACAUUUCUUCAGUAGAUUUUCUGCAUGAAAGUUGUUUAACUGAAAUAUUUAUUCCAUAAUAAAGUAUUCUCUUAUAUAAUAUCAGCAAAUAAUCGUCACAUAGUUCAAUACAUUAUGUCCUUAAAAGUUUUAAGUUAAAUAUAAAGUGUGUUGUACAAUUAGUUUGACCAGGAAAUAGCUGUUUUUUUCUGGCAUGUGGUCAGGGUUGGGGAUUCCUUAAGACAUGUUUAUGCAAAUUAUGUUGGCAUUGAAUGGAAUGUUCAUUGGGUAAUUAUUCUGGACCAAGCAUCUUUAAUGUUUUUGUAUUUGUUUAACAAAAUGAGUGCCUUAUUGUUUUGUACAUUCUCUUGGUCAGACAUGACUGGUGCUAUAAUUAUAAUACAGAUCUGUUAUUCAUUGACACAAGUGUUUUUGUUGUGCUAUAAUUAUAAUACAGAUCUGUUAUUAUUGAAUGUCACUUUUUUCCUUUUUAACUGCUGAGGGGCAUUUUAUUUGUAACUCAAGUCUUCAUGUUUUUAAACAAAAUAUUAGGGCUGUCUUCGGUUAUAUUUAUUGUGUACAUAUUCAACAGAAGGGAUAUAGAAAGCUGUAUUGAUGCAUGUACACAUUUAAUACUACUAUGAUAUCAAAGUAUUCAAUAUUAUAUUUGCCUCCAGAUUUUCAGCUCUGAGUAUUCUACAUGUGACUGCACACUUUACUAAUAAAUAUUUAUACAAUAUUCUC